GUAUCAAAUUUAGUACCAACAAUUUUCUUCUCCAUCACUCUUUCUUGAUUUCUUCCCCAUGGAUUGCAUUGGGUUAACCUCUGAAUCUCCAUAUGUUAUUAUGCUUAAAGCUGCUUUCUUGAUACCCAUUUCUCAUUAUUUAUUCGGAUUUCUGUUUCUACUCAUUGUAUUUCUCUAUAAUUUUGUGGAAAUGUAUUUCAUAAAAGAAUUAAUCACUGGAUUUAGGGGACAACCUGUCUCUUUGAGCUUUAAUUCUUGUUCUAACCUGUAUCAAGAAGUUGUUUCCAAGUGUAAAACUCUUCAUGGCAGGUUUUCUUCUACUCCAUGGCUUUGCAGUCCUCAUCUUCAAACUAUCUUUUUGCAGUUCUUUGAAAGAGUACCGGCUUGCAAUUAUCAAAGACAGAUAUUUAAAACAUCUGAUGGUGGGAUAAUAGCUCUGGAUUGGCUACGGAAUGUGGAUGAUAAAAAACCAUCCAUCAAAGGUUUUGAUGGAGUUCAGAGUGAUGAUAAAACUCCCAUUGUUGUGGUGAUUCCUGGUUUAACAAGCGAUUCUGAUUCUGCUUACGUCAAGCAUCUUGCUUUCAAGAUGGUUAAAUCUGGAUGGAAUGUUGUUGUGAGCAAUCAUCGGGGUCUCGGGGGAGUGGCAAUAACUUCUGAUCGCCUCUACAAUGCCGGAUGCACGGAGGACAUCCGCAAAGUCAUUGACCAUCUCCACACCCGAUACCCUCAAGCUCCUUUAUAUGCUGUUGGCACUAGCAUUGGUUCUAAUGUUCUGGUAAAAUAUCUUGGUGAGGAAGGAGUUAAUACUGCGCUUGUUGGGGCGGUUUCAAUCUGUUCUCCUUGGGACCUUUUGAUUGGUGACAGGUUUAUUAAGCGCAGGCUUGUGCAGAGAUCCUAUGACCGAAUUUUAGGAAUUGGAUUAAAAGAUUAUGCCGAGCUGCAUCGGAGUGUUUUGCCGAGUCUGACAGAUUGGGACAGCAUUGCUAAGAUAAGCUGUAUCAGAGAUUAUGACAAACAUGUUGUUUGUGUUCUUGGUAAUUUUGAGACUGUUGAUACCUAUUACAGGACAGUUAGCUGUAGCAGUUAUAUAGGAAAAGUGGGGGUUCCCCUCCUCUGCAUUAGUGCCUUGGAUGAUCCAGUGUGUACAAGGGAAACAAUUCCAUGGGAUGAAUGUCGGGCAAACAAAAAUGUCGUACUAGCUACCACACAACAUGGGGGACACUUGGGAUACCUUGAAGGGAUGACCGCGAAAAGCCUCUGGUGGGUUAGGGCCGUUGAUGAAUUCCUUUGUGCUUUGAACUCCAGCUCAUUGAACCAUAGAGAAAAGAUACAAAAUAAUACAGUUCUGGAGAGUCCCCUGAACUCAUCAAAAGAGAAGGCGGUUUAGUGACUGCAUUUAGCAACAAGGCAUCAGGUGAAGUAGGAGAUGAGCAACCGGUCGAAGAGGACAAGGCUGGAGAUAGUAUUAGUGUUGACAAUGGCAAGGUGCAACAAGAACCAGAUGCAAUGGAACUAGAUAGUGACCAGUAUUAAAAUUAAAAACUCAACAAGAACCAACAAGUUUAAACUUUUAUUUUAUUCUUAAUAAAAAAGAUUUAGCUAAAUUUUGCCAUGUGAAGUGCAAAAGAUUAAACUAAAUGUAGAAGUGUAAAAGACAAAACUUGUCAUGUGAAGUGCAAAAGAUUGUUAUGCCAGGGUGUUUAAGAGACAAAAUUUUGCCAAAUAGAGAAUCUAUAUGGUCACUAUUAUGUCUAACUUACAAAUUGUGUCAAGUUUAAGAGGUUAUUUAGCCUUUUGAGAA